AAUAAGGGGAACAAUUUUGUGCGAUAGACGAGAUAAGCAAAAGCUAUCAACAGAAGAACAUUAGGAGUGGAUGAGUUAUGUCGUCCGUGAGUUUAGCCAUUACCAGUAUUAGUACCAGCAGCUGCAACUCAUCUUUGGUGAGUAACAAUGUCAGUUCUAUCUUCUUCAACUUCACUCGCCGCUCAAUUCUUCCACUGCCGCACUCAUGUAAACGCAGGAACAACAUUAUUCCCAUUCAAGCAAGUUCUGCUCAAAAUCACAAGACCACUUUACAGUACAGAAAACUCGGUGAUUCUGAUCUUCUCAUCAGCGAAAUCACCUUCGGCACUAUGACAUUUGGGCAACAAAAUACAGAGAAAGAAUCUCACGAUAUGCUAAGUUAUGCAUUUGAUCAUGGCAUCAACAUUCUGGACACCGCAGAAGCUUAUCCAAUCCCAAUGAACAAGGAAACACAAGGAAGAACAGAUCUUUAUAUAGGUAGCUGGUUGAAGUCGCAGCCACGUGAUAAGGUUAUUAUAGCAACAAAAGUAUGUGGUUAUACUGAUCGAGCCGGAUAUGUCCGUGACAAUGCAAAAAUAUUGCGUGUUGAUGCUGCUAACAUAAAGGAAAGUGUGGAGAAAAGCCUUAAGCGACUCAACACUGACUAUAUUGACUUAUUACAAAUUCAUUGGCCAGAUCGUUAUGUAUCAUUGUUCGGUGAAUUUUUUUACGACUUUAACAAAUGGAGGGGAGGUGUGCCAUUUGAAGAACAACUGAAGGCAUUGCAAGAAGUCAUUGAUGAAGGAAAGGUAAGAUACAUUGGUGUCUCGAAUGAAACUUCUUAUGGAGUUAUGGAGUUUGUCCAUGCAGCAAAAGUCGGAGGCCUCCCAAAGAUAGUUAGUAUUCAGAACUCCUACAAUCUACUAGCUCGAUGUAAAUAUGAAGUUGAUCUGGUUGAAGUUUGUCAUCCAAAGAAUUAUAACAUUGGACUGCUUGCCUAUUCUCCUUUGGGUGGUGGAAAUCUCACAGGAAAAUAUUUAGAUUCUGCUUCUGAUGCUGCUAAGAAGGGAAGGCUAAAUCUUUUUCCCGGUUAUAUGGAAAGAUAUAUAAAAUCUUAUGCAAAGGAGGUUACUGCCAAGUAUGUUGAGCUGGCUAGUAAGCAUGGUCUGUCUCCUGUGCAGCUAGCACUUGCGUUCGUUAGAGAUCGCCCAUUCAUUACUAGUUCAAUCAUCGGUGCAACUUCAGUUGAUCAACUCAAAGAAGACAUCGACGCAUUUUUGACUGUUGAAAGGCCAUUGCCUCAAGAAAUUAUGCAAGAUAUUGAAUGCAUUUUCAAGAGAAACAAGGACCCAGCAAUUGAUUGAGCCUCUUUUUUUUUCUUUUUUUUUUUAAAAAAAAAUUUAAGUAGAAGGGCUCUUCAGUUGGAAUCAGACUUUAGUAUUUUUGGUGCCUACUGAAAAUUCAAAACCCAAGUCAGGCAUGGUGGAUCUAUCCCUCCUUCAUUAUCAUUGAUUGAACACUCUUCAACUUAUUGAAAUUUUAUCAUCAAUUAACCAUUGUAUUAGAGUAAUAUAUCCAAUAUUUUGUUGUAAAAGACCAAAUUAGAUUCUGGGAGAAAUAAAGCUAAACAGCCAUUCUUAAGUA